AUGAGUGAGCAAGCAAAAUCAGCAUCCACACCUGAAGAAGGAGGAAAUGAUCAAGAGUUUUCACACUUGGUUGAACCUAUAGCUGACACGCAGCCCAGUGAUGAACAACUUCAACAAGAGGAGCCACAAAUUGAGAAUCAGGAUAUUAUACCUAGUCAAGAGCCAGAAGAUGCAAGAGUAUCUGAGGUUCAAGGGCCUGUCCUGGAGGCUGAGCAACAGGAACUGACUCUGGAAGACACUAGGGAUCAGUGUGGAGAUGGUCCUGACGUCAUGGAGCAUAUUCUAUCAAAUUUGGAGCCUAUUAUAGUGCCAGAAGCAGGUGAAGGGCAACCUUACCUGUAA